UUAAAACAAUGGCUUUCCAGUAAUGUCAGCUGGGAGGCCGAACUUGGGAGAAAACAGCUCGCAGUUGUUUCUUAGUUGUUCAAAAAACGUCUCUUUUAACUGGCGGUUUUCUUGGGAUUUUAUUUGUUACGUUUCCUUGUAUAAUCUUUAUCGAGUUUUCUUGUUGCACAUACUUUCUUUUUUCUUCUCUUUUUUUCUCUCAGAAAACUCACGCACUUGUACUUCAUUUGUUCUUGAUUUUUCUUCCUUCAUCCUAUCAGUUUCCGUAGUUCCUUGGAUUUUCGGGAAAUGGGGUUUCUCAGCACUUUCUUGGGAAUUAUUGGUUUCGGUUUUGGGAUUCCUAUGGGGCUCUUGGUGGGGUUCUUCCUCUUCAUCUACUCUGAAGCCAAAGAUGUGGAGGCAAAAACAUGUAAUGGAGACAAAUCCAUUUUUGAAUUACUAGAAACAAAAUGAAGUCAUUCAAAAUUCUGUUCAACUAAUGCAGCGGUUUCUUUCCAAGAGAUGUCAAAAAUGUCAUCAUAGAGUGUCAUGUAAAGAUCCAGUUACCAGGCCACUCUAUGAGUUAGAUUCAAGUGCUUUACAAGAUAUUCUUCCUGAAAUUCCAUUCUGGGUGAAGAACCCUGAUUAUGAUCGAGUAGACUGGUUAAACAAAUUUAUCUCUGAUAUGUGGCCUUACCUUGAUAAGGCAAUUUGCAGUGCGAUUAGAACCACAGCACAACCUAUAUUUGCGGAGUACAUUGGGAAAUAUCAUAUUAAAGCAAUUGAGUUUAAGAAUCUUAGUCUUGGAACUCUUUCUCCUGCAAUAUAUGGUCUUAAAGUCUACGAGACUAACGAGAAGGAACUGGUCAUGGAACCAGCAGUCAGAUGGGCUGGCAAUCCCAAUAUAGUUUUGGGAUUGAAAAUAUUGUCUCUAGAAAUAACAGUUCAGUUGGUGGAUUUACAGAUAUUUACUUCACCACGGAUAGCUUUGAAGCCUCUUGUGCCUACCUUUCCAUGUUUUUCAAGCAUUGUGUUAUCUUUGAUGGAGAAACCACAUGUAGAUUUUGGAAUAAAUGUAUUGGGAGGUGACAUUAUGUCCAUACCCGGCCUCUACAGAUAUGUUCAGGAGACUAUUAAGAAACAAAUUGCAAGCCUCUACCUCUGGCCCCAAACACUUGAAAUUCCUGUUCUUGAUGCUUCAACAGCGGCCAUAAAAAAGCCUGUGGGGAUUUUACAUGUGAACGUUGUUCGAGCUCUUAAACUUUUGAAAAAGGACAUCUUGGGGACGUCUGAUCCUUAUGUCAAGCUCAGCCUUGGUGGAGAGAGGCUCCCUGCAAAGAAAACCACUAUCAAGAAGAAGAACUUGAAUCCUGAGUGGAAUGAGAAGUUCAAGCUUAUUGUGAAGGAACCUGAGACUCAAGUUCUUCAAUUAGAAGUGUAUGACUGGGACAAGGUUGGUGGACAUGACAGGCUGGGAAUGCAGCUAGUUCCACUGAAACUGCUUACACCCUAUGAGACAAAAGAAUUUAAGCUUGAUUUGCUAAAGCACACAAACAUCAGUAAUCCUCAAAACCAGAAAAAGAGAGGGCAAAUUCAUGUGGAGAUGAAUUUUGUUCCUUUUAAGGAAGACAGUGCUAAGUUUAGUGGGCCACUGAAUGGAUAUGGAAGAAAGGAAAGCAGAUUUGAUAGAGCCUCCAAUGAUGAGGUGGAGGCUGGAGCAGGUUUACUUUCGGUAACUGUCCUAGGAGCAGAGGAUGUAGAGGGGGAGCGCCACAAUAAUCCUUAUGCAUUGGUUCUCUUUAGAGGAGAACAGAAGAAAACAAAGAUGAUAAAAAGGACUCGUGACCCUCUUUGGGAUGAAGAAUUCCAGUUUAUGCUCGAGGAGCCUCCUUUACAUGAGAAGAUUCGUAUUGAGGUGAAGAGCAAGCGAACAGGCAUUAGUUUUCGAUCAAAGGAAUCAUUAGGACAUGUGGAGAUUAAUCUUACUGAUGUUGUCCACAACGGCCGAAUCAAUGAGAAGUACCAUCUGAUCAACUCGAAGAAUGGAGUGAUACAGGUUGAGAUACGGUGGAAGACAGUUUGAGACACAGGACAAGACAAGACAAGACGAGCAUAAUAUGGUUUCAAAGUAAUCUGUUCUUUCACAGUACAGGAUUAUUACAAAGGAGUUGCAGCUUAUAGGAGGAGGAUUCAGACCAAGGCAGAAUUUUGGAGUCACGAGUAUUUCCAUUAAUGUUUUAUUGGUUAAAUGCUAAAACGCUGCCCGAGUUUUGAGCCCUUUUCAUUUCAGCUUCGUCACUUAUUUAUUAAUUUCAUUUUAGAUCAAGAUCCAUACACACAAGUACCAUGGCCUCUCUUACAUACACUUGAGGUCUUACCAAAAUUCUGAAUAGUGUUACGUAUACUUACACUUUUACUUGCAA